GAGCCGGGCUCCGAGCUGAAGGCGGGGGAAGCGGCGCCGAAGUUUGCCUCGGACUCGCCGGGCGCUGCGGCAGCUCCCUUCGCCGAGGUCUCCCUGGAUUUCCUGCCAGGUCAGGCUGGACGUUGACUCUCGAAGGACACCCGAGGCUGAAGCAGUUGCUAAGAAGAGCCAGACUUAUGGUCUCAGGCGAAUGAUUGAAAUCCAGGAGAGCAACCAACAGGCAAACUACAAAGAAGACAUUUAUCUGUUAUUUGAGGAUCUGGCUGUACAGCUGUGCUUCCUUGGAGUGAUGAUAAGAAGACAAGAUGGUACCUUUGGAAACCUUGUGGCUUUAACAAAGGUUUAUUUUCUUGAAAAGGCUCCAGGCUUCGGCUUGGAAAAUCCAACCGCCAAAAUUGAGCCCAGCAGCUGGAGCGGCAGUGAGAGCCCUGCCGAAAACAUGGAAAGGAUGAGUGACUCUGCAGAUAAGCCCAUUGACAAUGAUGCAGAAGGGGUCUGGAGCCCCGACAUUGAGCAGAGCUUUCAGGAAGCCUUGGCUAUCUAUCCACCAUGUGGGAGGAGGAAAAUCAUCUUAUCAGAUGAAGGCAAGAUGUAUGGUAGGAAUGAAUUGAUAGCCAGAUACAUCAAACUCAGGACAGGGAAGACGAGGACCAGAAAACAGGUGUCUAGUCAUAUACAGGUCUUAGCAAGAAAGAAAGUUCGAGAAAUUCAAGCCGCCAUUAAGGUGUCUAGUCACAUUCAGGUUCUUGCCAGAAGGAAAUCUCGUGAUUUUCAUUCCAAGCUAAAGGUAACAAGCAUGGAUCAGACUGCAAAGGAUAAGGCCCUGCAGCACAUGGCCGCCAUGUCGUCAGCCCAGAUCGUAUCAGCCACUGCCAUUCACAACAAGCUGGGGCUGCCAGGGAUUCCACGCCCCACCUUCCCAGGGGCGCCAGGGUUCUGGCCGGGAAUGAUACAAACGGGACAGCCUGGAUCCUCACAAGACGUCAAGCCCUUCGUGCAGCAGGCCUACCCUAUCCAGCCAGCGGUCACAGCCCCCAUUCCAGGGUUUGAGCCUGCGUCAGCCCCAGCUCCCUCGGUACCGGCCUGGCAGGGCCGCUCCAUUGGCACAACCAAACUCCGCCUGGUGGAGUUCUCAGCUUUCCUCGAACAGCAGCGAGACCCAGACUCGUACAACAAACACCUCUUCGUGCACAUUGGGCAUGCCAACCAUUCUUACAGUGACCCAUUGCUCGAAUCAGUGGACAUUCGUCAGAUUUAUGACAAAUUUCCUGAAAAGAAAGGUGGCUUAAAGGAACUGUUUGGAAAGGGCCCUCAAAAUGCCUUCUUCCUCGUAAAAUUCUGGGCUGAUUUAAACUGCAGUAUUCAAGAUGAUGCCGGGGCUUUUUACGGCGUGACCAGUCAGUAUGAGAGUUCUGAGAAUAUGACAGUCACCUGUUCCACCAAAGUUUGCUCCUUUGGGAAGCAAGUAGUAGAAAAAGUAGAGACGGAAUAUGCAAGGUUUGAGAAUGGCCGAUUUGUAUACCGAAUAAACCGCUCCCCGAUGUGUGAAUAUAUGAUCAAUUUCAUCCACAAGCUCAAACACUUACCAGAGAAAUAUAUGAUGAACAGUGUUUUGGAAAACUUCACAAUUUUAUUGGUGGUAACAAACAGGGAUACACAAGAAACUCUCCUGUGCAUGGCCUGUGUAUUUGAAGUUUCAAAUAGUGAACAUGGAGCACAGCAUCAUAUUUACAGGCUUGUAAAGGACUAACCGUGGUUAUUUAUAUAUAUAGAUAUCUGUAUAUACACACACACAUAUGUGCACACACACACACACUCUCUCCAUGAUCGAACGACUGACUGUAAACCUCACCACGCAGGGGUGCUGCCCUGGCCCUGAGGUCACCCCAACUUUUCUAAAUCCUGUUUGAGUGAAGUCAUUUUUUCAUGUGUUCAUACUCAUUGUAGCUGUGAAGUUCUGGUACAGUUGUAAAAAGAGAAAUCGAGUUGUUUCUGUGUGUUAUUCAGAUCCACAGCCCACAAUUCCUCAGAAAGGUGAACCUUAAGAACCCAAGUCUCUGUCUGCAGAGACCUGUUUCUUGUUGUGGUAGAAAAAAGAAAUUAAGACAGAGCAUUUACCAUUGGACAUUUACAGCCUUUAUACAAAUGUAUUUAGUGUUUUUUUUUUUCAACAUAAAAUUCUUAAGAUACAAGUAAAAUUAAUCUUUAAAUAUAAAUGUAAAUUAGUACACAAAACUAAGAAUCUUUAGACUUAUCUUUGUAACAAAUUAGGGUGGAAGUUAUGAAAGAAUGUAAUUCACUAAAUUAUUUUUUAAAUGAAACUUUUCCUUCUUUUUGAAACCAAAUGUUAAAAUAUAGCCUUAAGAAAUGCUUGGUAGAAAUAUCCUAAUGAGACAAAUUUGUACUUUUUUCCUCAAGGUUAAAACUAAUCUCCUAAUCCAUUAAACUCUUGAAACAGCUAUUACAGAGGAAGAAAACUUCACCCCUUAUCCUUAACAUAUAUAGUAUAUUUAAAAAAUAUAAAAUUGUAUUGUACUAAUGUGAUGAUUAUUUAAUGAAAAAGAAAAGAUGGCUCUUUUUGCAAUAAGUAGAUAAAUACUGAAAAUCUAAACUUACAAUGUUUAUAGUCUUGUGUGUGCAGUUAUAUUUUAUAUGGACAACCAAAUUUUUUAUUAAGAUGAGUAAAUAUUUGAACCACUGAAAUUUAAUAACAAAAAUUUAAAAUUGGCAUGAAUACUGCACUGUGAGCUGCAAAUUAUAGAAAACCCUGUGGCUGGGAGAAAUUUCAUCAACCAAACUCAUAAAAGGCUCAUCAGUUUUAGGAUCUCUGCUCCCCAGAAAAUCACAAGCAUGCUCACCAGCAUGUGGGUAAAUUAUUUCUGGUGAUCCAAUAUGCAUAUUAACCUGCUGUAACUAUAUGUGUACGUGUGUGUUUGUGUGUACAUAUAUACACAUAUACAUAUAUAGUUAUUCAACACAUAUUUAUUGAACAUCUAUUCAGUGUCACUCAGUUUUCUAGGUGCUGAUAUGUGUGUAUUUCUCAAUCUGUGUCCGUAGAUCUAGGUGUAUUCGCUAAGGACACGCACUUGCUUGACAUCUCUCAAUAAGUCACAAUACUUAUUUGACUGAGGUUGAAGAGGCUCAGCUAUCUAUCUCUGCCCUUUCCAAACAGGCACAUUUGGGAGGUUUUCUUCCUAGGAGGAAUUCAACUUUCCAACCCAGAUAUUCCAAAGCAUUGUCCAGGCAGAGUUGGUUUGAUGUGGCCACAUGUCUUGGGUUAUUUCCAUAAGUGCUUCAUUGGGAAGGGGACAGGGCAUACUCCCCAACUUCCUGGAGGAAAGUGACGUUUUUUAUAAUUGUCAGGAAUAGGUUAACACUGUUAGAAAAUGUUUUGUAAGUUGUGAAACAUGUCAGGACUUUUACGUCAAGCCAGAAAAUAAAAACUUUGUUCUGUUACAUUCAAAUAACCUACACACCCCCUUCCCUGUCCCACCACCUGUUCUGACCCUGCUUAUAUAUUGAUUAGUAUCUGGUGGUCAUGAGGGGGUGGCUGGCUCGUGGCAAAUAGAAGAACCAAGCCUGACCUCUCCCAAACCCAUGACCCUGGUCACUGGGAAGACCAAAGGAGAAAGCACAGAACUUUCCCCUUUUGGAACACACAUCCCUUACAUAAGCCAGUAGCAUGGUGUGUAUCUUCCCUACGUAAAGAGACUACAGUUUGUUCCCUGAUUCCAAGUGGACCUUUGAAGAAUUGCCCUAGUGGCCCACCCUUCUAUCUGGUCUUUGGCCCAAGCAUUAAGCUUCUCCCUUGGUCAUAUAUUUAUGACUUCUCUUGGUCACCCCUCUUAGGGAUGCUUCUUUUGCUCCCAUCUCCCGUGUCUUUACUCAAGGUGUUACCCCCAGUCUCUCAGGACCAAGGGGCGCAAAUGAUCUCAUGUGGCUAAAAGCCACGCCAUCCCAGAACUUCAGGGCAAGAGGUAUUUGGUUCACAUUUUCUCCCAGGAAUGGGGCUCUUCGGUGCUGCCAGGAGGGCUCUGAGGAUUUACUUUUUUCAAAGUGCAAAUAGAUUGAGACCCAAGAACACCAGCUAGAGGGUAGUUCUUUUGGCUGCAGAGAAAGGGCAUACCCUGGUCUGCUGAACUCACAGAGUUAGGCUGGGCCCUCUGAUGCUUGUCCUCUUCCUCCGAAUGCCUUUGUAGUUGAGUUUGGGGGUUUACAUGGAUGAACUUGAGGAUCGCUUUUUGCUCUUAAAACAAGUUUACUUCUUGUCUUGUCCUUCUAAAGAUUUUUCCAGGGCAGAUAUUCUCCCUGUCUUAACCACUGGUCCAACCUCUUAGCCCUUUCUCUGUCACUCCCAAAUUAGACUCUGGGAUUAGAUUUGUGUUAUAACAUCGAAUCCAAGUCUGUUUUUGGUCUUUCACCCUCUAUGGCAGAGUCUCCUCCCUUCGUAAAGCUUUCUGUACCAUAAAGAAGCCUUUCCAAAGCUCUGUCCUCACUGCUCUUUUCUGGGUGCUCUAUCUCCUGGUUGACCCUCCACUACCAGGAUCGAUUCAGGGACAUCUUGUGCUUUCACUGGAGAGUUCAGAGGCCACUUUCCGCAGCCUAAAUAGGGAGAAGCUGAAGAACUGGGCUUUGGUCUCUUGGUAUUCAUUUUCAUCUUAGCAUGAGACCUAAAUAAAGUUGGGGCUUUUCCAGAACAUGUCCUAGAAUCCCAGAACGUCUAAGCUACCCUAGACCAGGGUUUCUCAACCCUUUCUCGACACUGUUGACAUUUGGACCAGAUAAUUCUCUGUGGUGCAGGGCUGUCCUGUGCAUUGUAGGAGGUUUAUCAGCAUCCCUAGCCUCUGCCCACUAGAUACACCUUUCCCCAGUUGUCACAACCCAGAAUGUCUCCAGACAUUGCCAAAUGUGCCAUGGAGCACAGAACUGCCCCUGGUUGAGAACGACUGCCCUGCACCUGACAGGUCAUAAAUGCCAUAUUUGAGGUUUUCUUUCUCCUUACAUUUUACCCGGAGAAAGCUUCUCUCUUGGGAGCCUUGUUUCAGGCCAUCAAGAGACAGGUAGGAAUAUUACUCCAAUGAUACUGUGUCCAUGUUUCUUCCUGUUUCAGAACUUCUGUUUCACAACAGAAUCUCUCUGCUACAAGUAUUCUUUCCUCCCUCCCUGGGAAAGUUGGGGACAGCUGGCCACCAUCAUCCCUAUAAUCAACUCACACCUAUUUAAAGAGCAUUUCUAAUUUGCUCUUCAUUGCUUAUUUUAUCAGGUUAAAAAAAAUCCCACCCAUUUUUAUUAUUUUUCAUAAGGUUAUAGUUCUCAUUAUCAAACCUUUAAUCAUUUCAAUAAAUUUCCUCUGGUCUUCUACUUUUAGCCUUGCACUCAUUGCUUUUUUGUAGAAUUUACAGAAACCUCUGGAACAUUUCAUCUUUAAGGAUGGUGGAGAGAGGGAUUCAUUUUGGAAGAGGGCUGAUCGAAUUUUUCUUCAUUGAGCUUUAGGAAAGCACAGUCUUCAGGCAUACCUCAGAGUUAGUGCGGGCUCAGUUUCAGAGCCCCACAAGAAAGCAAAUAUCACAGUAAAGCGAGUCACACAGUGCAUAUAAAAGUUAUGUUUACCCUCUAUUGUAGUUAAGUGUGCAAUAGUAUUAUGUCUAAAAAAAAAAAUCAGUGCACAUACCUUAAUUUAAAAAUAUUGCUAAAGGGCCUCCCUGGUGGCGCAAGUGGUUGAGAGUCCGCCUGCCGAUGCAGGGGAUACGGGUUCGUGCCCCGGUCUGGGAGGAUCCCAUAUGCCGCGGAGCGGCUGGGCCCGUGAGCCAUGGCCGCUGAGCCUGCGCGUCCGGAGCCUGCGCGUCCGGAGCCUGUGCUCCGCAACGGGGGAGGCCACAACAGUGAGAGGCCCGCAUACCGCAAAAAAAAAAAAAAAAAAAAUAUUGCUAAAAAAUGCCGGAACAAUUACAAUAGAAACUUGAAGGUCACCAUAAAAAAUAUGAAAGUAAUUUUAAAAAGUUGAAUUAUUAUUCAAUUAUUGCGAGAAUUAUCAAAAUGAGACACAGAGACGUGAAGUGAGCAAACGUUAUUGGAAAGUGACGCUGGUAGACUCGUUUGCCACAGGGUCGCCACAAACCUUCAAUUUUUAAAAACUGUGAUAUCUGUGAAGCACAAUAAAAUGAGUGAUGCCUGUGACCUCCAUUUUGUAGAUGAGAAAGUUGAGGCCCAGGGGGGAGAUGACUUGCCCAAAGUCACCCAGCUGGUCAGUGACAGAUUAAGGUAAGCCUCUGGGACUCCUGACACUUACUUCUUGGCCUCUUGGUGGGGGUCGUUCCUCUCUGGUGCUCAGGGCGGAAGAGAGAGGGAGGUUAAGACCCCCUUCCUCUGCCAGAGCAGCAGCAUCUCCUGGUGGUGAUGCUGCUUCUCUCCCUGGAGUGUCUUGUCUGGGAGGCAUCCGCAAGCAGAUAGGAAAGCUGAUGAGCCUUUUCCUUACCCUGAGGACAGUUCACCUGCCACAGGCUCUGAGUCAAAUUUCUCUUUACAAAGCAUCCCAGCAGCAAAGUCCCACGCUCGGACCAGCCAAAAAACAGCCCCCGUGCCCAGAACUUGGUGUUACAAACCCAAGUCUUCUUUAGGUCUCAGUACUCUAGUGGCUUUUGCAGUUUGUUUUUGUACAAACGUAAGUUAUUUAAAUCACACAAGAUGACAGUCAACUUUUCAAACCAGGUACCGAUAACUUGUAUGAUUUUGUCUAUGCUCUGGUACACUACACCUGUUCUAACGAAGGGUAGAACCAAUUUUGUGUGUUGGUGUUCACACCUGUGACAUUAAGAGGAUACGUCUGCAUUGCUUCUUUCUUUCUGUUGAUGUUUCUGUGGCAAAACCCUGCACAUGUCAUUUCUCAAAAGCCUUAAAUCUUUGCGAUGUUGCGUGUAGGGUUUGCAGUGCAGAAGGCUGCCUCGGAACUGUGAGCCCUUUUGUAAGCUGGAAGCAUUUCUCUUACUACUGUUAACUUUUGUAGGAAGUUUUCAAUUCAGAGCUGCCAAAGCGUUCAGUAAGCAGUGCCUUAGUGAUACUUAGUCGUGCCGCCAGCCUUUUCUCAUACCAGUUCUUGAUGUCCCUUUACUGAUCGGCAUGGUAUUUAAAAUUGAGCAAGCAAGCAUUGUUUUCAUUUUUGUUUUGUAAGCCCAUUUUUCUCCAGCUCUAUAGGAAACUGACUUCUUGGUCUGAAAUCUGAAAUGAACAGAAGUCAGUUCGUUGACCACACUGUCAAAUGUCUAUACCAAAAUGGAAGGUUUUGCAACUUCGUAGUUUACUAUGAAAAGCAAAUUGUAUACUUUUAAUGUUGCCUUUUAAAUUUAUGACCAAAUACUUAGCUAUUUGUGAAUCUUCUGCACUCUAGCAUGAAAGUGCCUUUGGUUUGAGAUUCCAGCUUAGAAAAGUGCUGCCAUAAUCAUGAUAAUUUGUAGAGAGACCAAAAAUAUUCUGAGAUCACCGUAAUGCCUUUGGUUUACUGGGAUAGUAACCAACCACAGGCCUCCAUUCACAAGAGCACGACGCGGACCCUGCCUGCUGCGCUGUCUGUCUGCUGUGGGGGAGCCCCUGCCACCCACGCCCCCGGGGCGCACAGCGGCAGGAGGGCCCCCAGGAACUGGUGUGUUUGUGUGCCGUGACCCCGUGCGCCAUCUCCGCCCGUCACCCAGCCCUGCGUCCGCCUGAGGGAACUUGCACACAAACCGCAGACUCUCGGCCGGUGGACAGAUUUGUCCUUCUUAUGCUCAUGUUCAGUCUGUGGAGGCCUGCCUUUCCCCUCAGAUGACAGCGCGCACUUCUGGUUUAACGCAGUGAUACCGUUUUGAAAGUUGGAAGCCUCAAACUGAGAGGACAGUGCAGAACGAAAACUGGGUUAGGGUCAUUACAAUUGAAGUGUUCUUCUUAGGGCGAAAAUGUUGACUCUGAGUGUUGUCUGAAUGUGCUAUGAGAAACUUCCACAGAGCACCACUCACAAUUCGGGAUUUUCGAAGAAUGUUCCAGCCCUCCAAAGGGCGACCCUUGAGAGUCCGUGUUGGCUUUUAUCAAAACCUUGUGUAAAUUGGGAAAAUUGAUAGAGGGGAGGAAAAGGAGUGAAAAGGAUGAGAAGGCAAAAACACGAGCCAAACAAAAGCCAGGACAAAAAAGACUUUUCUUUACCAAUAUAGACUUUACAGUGACGUUAGACAUCUUUGAAAGUUAGCCUCUGAAUGCGUAUGGUCCGUCUGUCUCUACCUGGUGUCUUUAAGAAUACCCUCUUUUGGGCUGUCUGAAAUUUCAGGAGCGAUUUCCAUCCACACCAAGUUGUGAGUAUUCAUAGAAAUUUCUACAAGAAAAAAUAAAUUAAAUGAAAAGGAAACUUGCUCAACACAAGUUAUAGUUAGCUGCUUGAAUUCAGCCCCUCCCUGUCAUGUCAGGACUACGCCACAACUUGGAAGAAAUUAAUCAAAUGUUUAUUUUCCUGCUUCCCUUUUCAGCUGUUACUGUGCUUUCUUUGGCAAUAGUUUUCUCUCAUUAACUCAUUACUUAUAUCGUUAAGAAUGAAGGUUUUGUGUUUAAAAUUGCAUUGCAAAGGGUAGUUUCACUGAAGUCAUGCACCAUUAAAUAAGAUGAAAUAUUUGUCUUUAUUGUUCUACUUCCUAAGCCGUAAACUUGUUUUAUUCUCUGUGAAUUUGCAUUGAGUCUGUUAUAUGCCCCACUGCAUCAUUUUAGCAUUUGAAAUAGCAUUUAUGUUCCCUCUCGUUCAUCAUGAAAGGGGGUCAGAUUCCUGGAGACUCCACCUCUAUCGUGUUGGCUCUCUUUUGUCUGCCUUCCAUUAUGAAAUUGUUUCUCCUUCCCCUUUUUCUGAAAGAGGCUGACAGAAUCUAGGUGUAAGUCAAUUGGAAACCAGUCUCUGGUUUUCUUCCUCCCUCUCCCCCCCUCCCUCCCUCCUUCCCUCAGUCCCUCCCUACUUCCUUCCUUCCUUCUCUUUUCUUUUUUGCAUCAGUCAUUUUCCCUGAUUAGUUUCACUGUGUAAAUUAGAUAUUAACUGCACUUCUCUAAAAAAAAAAAAAAAUCUCCCUGUUACCUCCUUGAAAGAGUCACUUCUGUAGGCCUUUUUCAAUAGGCUCAUGACUGCAGAUAAGGAAAAAAAAAAAGUAAAAACAAAAACUAUGUGCCUAAAAAAAUGACAAAAAAAAGUUUUGUAACAUUUAAAAAAGAAACCUGAAUAGCCUUUAAUUCUUUAAUAUGCUUAAAUUUUAUGUAAAUCGGUUUUUGCCACGUGUGUUUGUUCACAUUCUAAAUGACUUAAUGGGAUUCUCACAGUCUGUGUCUUCGUGUCACGUGUAUGAAAUGGGCUUGUGACGUAAGCGUUUCAUCUGGUCAGUGGUUCCUUUGAUAUUGUACUGCUGCUGGGAGUGGGCUGGGGAGCCUGCCUUUAGGCAGUAAGGUUCCUCUUGGGUGGAUUGGAGAGAUAGAGGGAUGGGGGCAAAUUCUCACAUACGUUUUCAUAACCUGUUUGCAGAAACUUUGAAAAGGCAUUUGGUUAAACCUCUUGGCAGUACAGUAUUCUUGUAUUUGUUAACGUCUGUGUUUAGGUACUGGUACCUUUUUGUUUAAAAAUGUUCUAAGUGUUGGCUUUAAAGUGAAUUUAUCUUUAGUAUGAUAGUUAUAUGAAAAUUAUAGGGUUUGUGUGCAGAGAAUUUUUUUAUAAAGUGCUUUGUAAAAAAAAAAUGUAUUCUAGCUUUCGCGGUACAUAUGUGUGAUAACUGUAAUAUCCAUGACAGUUAAGUGCAAUUAUUUCAUCACUCUAAAAAUGCUAUUUUUGUGUCAGUUCCUGCAGGUGUUUUCAUGUCUUUGCAAAGUGACACAUUUUGAUGCCUUCUUGAUAAAGUGGUAGACAUUUUGUAGCUUUCUAGAAACUUUGUAUUCAUACGGUAUCAAUGAAAAAUAAAGAAAAUGAAAGUGUGGGUCA